AGUCAACUAAUUCGCCAUGUUUGGCCUUUCCAAAUACAUUUGUGUAAAGAUUAUCCCAAAACUUUUGUCCGAAAGCAAAGCUUCCUCAGUUUUUUGUGAUUAAAAAAAAAAAAAAAACAACCUCAGUAGAACAACGUGAGAUUCCUGGAACAACUCAACCCCUUUUGUCCAAUUGUUGUAUUCUUUAAUUUUUAUAAUCAAGAUUCACCACCUACCCAUUAUUACCCUUGGUGGACUCUCUCUCUUUCUCUCUCUCUCUCUCUCUCUCUAUAUAUAUAUAUAUAUAUAUAUAGGGGGUGGUGUGGACGAAAUGAACAAAAUGGCAUCACUAGGAAAUGGGGGUGGUGAGGUAUGGAGAGCUCAUUGUGCUAUGGCUUUGGUACAGCUUGUUAAUGGUGGUUACCAUGUGAUUACCAAAGUGGCACUCAAUGUGGGGAUGAAUGAAAUUGUCUUCUGUUUGUAUAGAGACCUUCUUGCUCUAUCUAUUCUUGCCCCUAUUGCCUAUUUCCGUGAAAAGAGGUCGAGGCUUCCUCUGAAUAAACGGCUUCUACUGUCAUUCUUCAUUCUAGGAUUAACUGGUAUUUUCGGUAACCAACUGCUGUUCCUUGUUGGUCUUGGCUACACAAACCCGACUUAUGCUGCUGCUUUGCAACCUGCAAUACCAGUCUUUACGUUCAUACUUGCUGUACUUAUGGGUACAGAAACCGCGAAGCUUCUUACUGUGGAAGGUCAGGCAAAGGUUGGAGGUACCAUUUUUUGUGUUUCUGGGGCGAUUUUAAUGGCUGUAUUCCGUGGUCCAGUGGUGUUUGGAGGAGGCGCAUCAGACUUCACAGCACAAAUUGAGAUAAGUGCUAAGGGUCAACCAGAUCCUGCUGGACUGCUAUUGUCUAGUCUUCUGGAGUUGGGAUUUGAUAAUUGGCACCUCGGCGUCUUAUGCUUAAUAGGAAACUGUAUGUGCAUGGCAGCAUACUUAGCUAUUCAGGUUCCAGUUUUGGCAAAAUACCCGACAAGCUUAUCAUUGACUGCAUAUUCAUACCUUUUUGGUGUUCUAUUAAUGAUAGGGACGUCAAUCUUUGUGACUGAUGGAUCAACGGACUGGUUUUUGACACGAUCUGAAGUUGUCGCUGUGUGCUAUGCUGGAAUUGGUGCAUCAGCGCUGAACUAUGGACUUAUGACAUGGUGCAAUAAGGUUCUUGGCCCUGCUUUAGUUUCUCUAUACAAUCCGCUUCAACCUGCUGCAGCAGCAAUUUUGUCUAGUUUUUUUCUUGGGAGCGCUAUUUAUAUGGGAAGCAUUUUGGGAGGACUUCUCAUUAUAGCUGGGCUUUAUUUAGUAACUUGGGCAUCUUACAGAGAGAAACAGGCAGUCAUGGGAACUGUUCCUCAUGCUCCUCGGAUUACGGAUCCCUUAAUCCCAUAUCAGAAAGGACACAUUUUCUCUGUUCCUUCUUCCUCAAUGCCAAAGAUCAUUGACUAGAUAUUGCUACAGACAUCAUUUUGCAUGUCCUUUUCUUUAUUUCCUUCAUGUUAAUAUAUUGUGCAAUUCAUUGCUAAAAAAAGGGCAACUAUGUACUGCAGUUAGAUCUAGGUUUGUUUUUCCAAGAGGAAUAAACUUUCUCCUCAAGUCACCAAAUUCCACCAAAACAAA